CGGUGCUUGUGUGACUGAAGGUGUUCGCCUCCCUAGAGCCAUUGCCCGUGAAUGAAUCUGAGCUCCUUUUAUUCGACGGGUGUGCCACCUGCCGAUGCGUCACAGCUCCUUCUGGCCAAUCCUCACGUAGUGACUCUCCCGUGCGCCCAUGGAGAUCCCGAUGUGCUGUUCUCCUCUCAUCCCCGCCUAAGCCACGGCUCGGCAACAGCGGAAGGUGGAGAACCAGGUCAGUUAGAUGCCGAUAGCGCUUCGUGUGGGACCGGACGGGACGGGACUGGAAUGCCAGUGAAGCUGCGGAGCCAAAACGUAGACUGAGCAGUUUCUGUGGAUUUUCAUUUUCUCUUUUGCUUCUGCUGAAUGUGACCGCUGCCUUUACUGACUAAUAUGAGAUGCUAUGAUCCGGCCUAAGGAGGAUAAUCGUGCACCCCGAGUUGACAGCAUAGACACCAAAAGGCACUCUGCUGAAAGGUGACCUCCAGACUCUUCACCUCCCGGCAGCGUUUGAAUAUGCCAGAACAUAACAAUGAGCUCCAACAUCACAGACCCUGGUCUCCUCUUGACAGCCAACUCAUCACCACGAGUGGCCGGAUCCUAUUCUCAAUCCAGUGCACUUCAUCGAGGAGAGAUUGAAGUAGUCUCAUGGAUGAAUUCAUCUUUCACCAACAAACCCGUUAACUUAACUCCUCAGCCUGGGAAUGAAACAGCAGCCCUUGACCCGCUUGGUGGCCACCCUGUGUGGCAAGUUGUCCUCAUUGUUUUACUGACAGGCACGCUGUCAUUGGUCACCAUUGUUGGCAACAUACUGGUAAUGGUGUCUUUCAAGGUUAAUCGCCAGCUGAAGACAGUCAACAAUUAUUUUCUACUGAGCUUGGCUGUAGCUGACCUCAUUAUAGGAGUAAUUUCCAUGAAUCUCUACACAGCUUACCUUAUAAUGGGCUACUGGGCCCUGGGCACAUGGGCCUGUGACCUUUGGUUGACUAUUGACUAUGUUGCUAGCAAUGCUUCAGUUAUGAACCUUUUGGUCAUUAGCUUUGAUCGCUACUUUUCAAUAACCAGACCUUUGACCUACCGGGCUAAACGGACCACAAAAAGAGCUGGAAUCAUGAUUGGCCUAGCCUGGCUUGUUUCUCUUGUUCUGUGGGCCCCAGCCAUACUGCUGUGGCAGUAUUUUGUAGGUAAAAGGACAGUACCCCACAAUGAGUGCCAGAUUCAGUUCCUAACAGAGCCAAUAACAACCUUCUGCACAGCAAUGGCAGCUUUCUACCUGCCUGUGACAAUAAUGAGCAUUCUCUACUGGCGCAUCUAUAAGGAAACCCAGAACCGUUCAAAAGAGUUAGCUGGGCUUCAAGGUUCAGAACCCCGUGGAGGGAUAGGGGGAAGGGUUGCAAAUAAUAUGAGGGGUAAGAGAGCUCGUUUUGUACAUCAGACUGGAAGUUCUAGGAGCUGUGGUAGCUAUGAGUUGAACAGAAUGCCUAAGAAAAGGAGCACAUGUCAGGAACUGGUUGGACGAUUCCACUGCUGGCCAGGGGUUCGUUCUUGGAGACCUGGUAGUAUCAGGCAGGGGGAUGGUGAUCCGGAUCAGAGCAGCAGUGACAGCUGGAACAACAAUGAUGCAGCUGCCUCUUUGGACCAUUCUGGGUCCUCAGAGGAGGAGGACUGUGGGGGAAGAGAGAUGAUUUCUCAAAGUCAUGCUAUUUUUUCUAUUGUCCUCAGCCUUCCUGGCAUUAAGGCUGCUGUCAACUCUCAGCUCACCUCAUGUGAGGAUCUGGAUGUAGCCUCAGAAGAGGAUCCACUGAGGGGGGCUGAGUUCAGCCGAGACAGCCUGUCAACAUUCACUACUAACGCCACUCCUCCAAUUACACCUGAGGAAACAAACAAUACAGAAAAUAGCUACCACCAACGAUUUAGCUCACGCAAGACACAGUCAAUGUCCACCAUUCAAGCAAAGUCCAAUCAAGGGCUUCUGGAUGGCACCUCUUCAACCACUGCCAUUGACGUCUCUACCACAUGCACAGCCACAAAGUCCUCCUCUGUCCCACUGUCAUUUAAAGAAGCUGCAAUGGCAAAGCGCUUUGCCACCCGAACUCGGACUCAGAUAACUAAGAGGAAACAAAUGUCUUUAGUGAAGGAGAAGAAGGCUGCUCAAACACUCAGUGCCAUCCUCUUAGCUUUCAUCAUCACCUGGACACCGUAUAACAUCAUGGUACUGAUCACAACCUUUUGUGAAGUUUGCAUCCCAAAGACCCUGUGGGCGGUGGGGUACUGGCUGUGCUAUGUUAAUAGCACAGUUAACCCCAUGUGCUACGCGCUGUGCAACAAGGCUUUCCGAACAACCUUUAAGAUGAUAUUGCUUUGCCACUGGGACCAGAAGAAAAGACGAAAGCAGCAGUUUCAACAAAGGCAAUCAGUGGUCUUCCACAGAGGCAUUCCCAGAGAGUCUACGUAAAAUUACUAUAUAUUCAGUCAGUUGACUGAUUUUCAACAUUCAACACAGGACAAUGGAAAUAAAGGUUUCUUGGCCUAAAAAUCCAUACUGUCCAUGUCUGCUGUUAUGUAAAAACACAGCAACACUUCAUGGUGGUCUUGUGAUAUGUGUUUAUGUCGGAUCAUCUAUGUACUUUGGCAAGUGAGUACACAUGGGAGGGUUUGCCUAAGAUGAAAUCCAGAUGAAGGCUUUGUCUUUCUCCCGAAAGAAUUCUUUACCAUUUCACUCUAGUGCUGCUGAGAGAAGAAGAUGAUGAAAUAAUUGUAAAGGGCUUUUGAAAAUGCAUUGCAGGAGAAAUAUGGAAGUGCAAUUGACAAAUACUAAGCAUGUCCAUGUCACGGUGGGGGGUUUACAUUUCUUACCCCUUCCCUCUGUGGGUAGCUAGAUUGGUAAUGUGCAAAGUGGUUUUGCAUUUCACACAGAACUGUAUAUGUGUAAUAUGUUCCAAUGAGCCAAGCUAAAAAGGAGACUUGUGUUCACUGGCUUCUACAUUUUACUAGUUUGCAGUGACUUUUUGACUGGCAUGUGUUUUUAGCAGAACUUCUGUGGAUUAUCUUUCUUCAUCUAUAUAGCUUUUCUCUGUAUUAUGGAAUCUAAAACGUUCUUAAAACAUGUCCUUACUCUCACUCAGAGAACUGUUAUUUCUGUGAUUUUCAUCUUUGGUUUUCUAGGUACUCCAGAGAUUUCGAGCCAGUUUGAAAAUGAUACAUUUGAUGAAAUGCGUUGUGAAUAUUCUGUGCAGCACCACAGUCAGUGAUCUGCUGUUGUGUUCAAUGUGAUUGUUGUGGUUUUCUAUGGUGAACACAAUAGGUACAUUGGUUGUGUUUUCUGUGCUUGCAGUUUCCUGUCAAAAGCAAUGACUGUACAAUGAUGAAAAGGUUUUGCGUGUAUUUCUGACCUAGUAUACUGAGACUAAUUGCACACAUAGAUGUACAUUUUUACAAGACAGGUUUAUUCUGGGUUGGUUUCUCCCUUUGAAAUUUCUACAAAUUUAUCAAAUUAACAAUUGCGCCCUCUUGAGGCAUAGAAAAAAUAUGUUACCAACUGUGUCUUUUUUAACAUUUACACAUUUUAAUGUCAAAAUUCUGAAUAAAGAAAAACAUAUGUCCAAACCUUGAAUAAUUUCAGCAUCCAAAUAGACUUGCCAUAAACAUAAGUAUUAUAUCUGUGAUCCUACUUUCUUGUGUGGAGUUUCUUAAAAUUAUUAUAAAGUCAUGCCACAUUUGAAUAAAAAGUUGAAACCUCUUUACAAUAUACAGAGAACUAACAAGCAACACAAAAACUAAAAGCAGUCAUGUAUUUGAAAAAGGAAUUUGGUGUUUUUGUAAUGGCCUUUACAUUUUUUUCAUCUUAAGUAAAUGUGUUUGGCAAAAUAUUUCUAAUAAUGUGCAAAAAACUGAAGGCAAGAGAUGAUCUGUAAUAUAACAGGUGUCACAUGAAGAAAAAUUUAAAUGGUGAAUGUAGUGUUCAUCCCUAUGUUUUUGAAUUAUGUGCAAAUUGGAUGUCCAAAUAAAAAAAUCCCUCUGCCAACAGUAGAUAUUUUAGCCUGCUUUGAAUGUGUCAUCAUUCAAACAUAUUUUUUACUCUUUUAAAUCUAUUUAUGUUCAAGUAUGCCAGUCAUAUAUUAAGUAAAUAAACAAAUGUUUUUGUGUUCAUGUUUGUGUGAUUUUCCUUAAUAUUUUGAUUUUGCUUUCACCUUUAAUUGCACAAUGCACAUUAAAUUACCACUGAAUAUGCCUUGGCCUCAAACAUAUAGCAUGAGUUUGUGAUUGUUAUGAUUUCAUGGUUAGCUCUGAAACAUAGAGUUCAAUUCUAUAGACCAUUAAAAAUGAAAGUAGUUUUAGUUCUUUAGCUCUAGCCAAUUGAUGUCAUUAAAUUUUACACUAACUGCA